GCGGCCACGGCCAUGCAGUUCUUCACCAAGGGCUACCAGGAGACCAUCGCAGAUGUCCUGAAUGAUGCUAUAUUUGAUGAAGACCAUGACGAGAUGGUGAUUGUGAAGGAUAUAGACAUGUUUUCCAUGUGUGAACACCACCUGGUUCCAUUUGUUGGAAAGGUCCAUAUCGGUUACCUUCCUAACAAGCAACUCCUUGGCCUCAGCAAACUUGCGAGGAUUGUAGAAAUCUAUAGCAGAAGACUACAAGUCCAAGAGCGCCUUACGAAACAAAUUGCUGUGGCAAUCACGGAAGCCUUGCAGCCUGCUGGCGUUGGGGUCGUGGUCGAAGCAACGCACAUGUGUAUGGUCAUGCGAGGUGUGCAGAAGAUGAACAGCAAAACUGUGACCAGCACGAUGCUGGGUGUGUUCCGGGAAGACCCAAAGACGCGGGAAGAGUUUCUGACGCUCAUUAGGAGCUGAGCUCCGGCAGGUGCAGGUGGGCUGCGGGCAGGACCGCUGGCCUGGUCUGUGUGGUCGUGUUUGUACAUUUCAUCUUCAGUUGUCACAGACGAUGUGAACCUCAUGUCUUGUCACUAAUUGUAUUUAAAAAUUAUUUCUAGAAAGUCAAAUAAAA